UUGACAUAGUUGAUUUUGAUGUUCAUAAUAGCAAGCUGGGACUGAUGGUUUGGUUACCACGGCAACUACUGUAGAUAUCUAGUAAACUUGCCAGCUACUUCAGUUAAUGUUGAACACAUUUCUACCGGAAAAUUAACUAAUUUCUAUCAGCAAAUGUAUUAAAUUAUAGCCCUGGUAUAAAAGGGAUGAUCAACUCAGGGCUCCAUGCGUUCUCUGGAAAAUAAUGCAACUCCUUGGAAGGUCCGUUCCACGUCGUUCAUUGUUUCCACAGAACGCUUAGCAGCUCCUUGCCUAUCCUUAAUGAUCUCAACGAGGAUCCCACGCGAGCGCCCUCCCACAAUCUCCUGUGAUAGGUUCGUUUAGCUUGCUAAUUAGCUUGCCUGCGUCAAUUGGCCAUGGUGAUUGUCAAUCAGAAGUACCCGUACGCCCCCUCGCGCUGUAAAUGUCUUGUCCUCGGAAGAAGCCCUGAAACUAACAGUUUGAAGAAAGGUUUGGCGACGGUGGUGCUUGUGGAGAGAGACGGCUGGGGCUUGGAGUAGCACCACUGAAGUGCACCAGUCGUUCCUUUCAAUUUCCGAAUUAUUUCCCGUGGCUCUGGUGAAUAACAAUUAUAGCAUGCAAUGACUUUGCACUCGUGGAUACAUCAUCCGCUUUAGAUUAUUUGAUUGGUUUAUAUUUUUUUUUCGUUUUAGGUGAAUGGCGAGGCUACUUGAGGUACAAGAGUGAGAGUGAGUGGUUUUGACAAUAUAUGUUGCUGCAAAAUGGUAUGCAACCUAAAGGCUUAUGGAAUAUAGCCAGAUUUCUCACAAUCUGUAUGCGUUCUCAUUCAGCCCGGUUAAAAAUAAAUUAUUUCUUCUCGGCAUCAUGUUUUUACUCUGGGUAUAUAUGCUCUACUCCUGCGUGGGCUACUGCGCCCCCAUGCCAAGUUUGGUCGUGGACAAUAACCGGGGAAAGGAGACUGGGACGGGGUCCGUGGUCGGUAAAGGGACCGAGAAUAACGCCAGAGCGGACCUCAUGUCCAGACUACUCCCUAUCCCACCCUGGGUGGAUAUAGAAUCCGAUUACGACGAACCAUCCGUCCGGACCUCCUCCAGAGACCUGCUCAAUAAAGAGAUAGACGCGUACAGAGGAGUUGAGGACUGGGGGGAGAUGAGGGGUGAGGGGCAGAGAGCUCCUGAACCCGGUGCGAUGUCAAGUUUCUCCAACGACUUGGGGAGCAAGAAACUGCCGCAGGCGAUCAUCAUCGGGGUAAAGAAAGGAGGGACGCGCGCGCUGCUCGAGUUCCUCCGCGUGCAUCCAGACAUCAGAGCUGUGGGAGCCGAGCCGCACUUCUUCGACCGCAACUACGAGAAUGGACUGGAGUGGUACAGGGAGCUUAUGCCCAAGACCCUGGAGGGCCAGAUCACCAUGGAGAAGACCCCCAGUUACUUUGUGACCAGAGAAGCCCCGGCCCGGAUCUCCGCCAUGUCCCGGGACACCAAGCUGAUCGUGGUGGUGAGGGAUCCCAUUACCAGGGCUAUCUCUGACUACACACAGACACUGUCCAAGAACCCAGACAUUCCCACCUUCGAGAGCUUGACCUUCAAAAACAGGACUACGGGGCUCAUCGACACGUCCUGGAGCGCCAUCCAGAUCGGCAUCUAUGCCAAGCACCUGGACAACUGGCUACAGUACUUCCCCAUGGGCCAGAUUCUGUUCGUGAGCGGGGAACGACUGAUCAGCGACCCGGCCGGGGAGCUGGGCAGGGUGCAGGACUUCCUGGGACUCAAGAGGAUCAUCACAGACAAACACUUCUACUUCAACCAGACCAAGGGCUUCCCCUGCCUCAAGAAGGCUGAGGGCAGCAGCAAGCCCCACUGCCUGGGCAAAACCAAAGGGCGUACCCACCCCAACAUCCACCCAGAGGUGGUGCAGAGGCUACGGGACUUCUACAGGCCUUUCAACAUGAAGUUCUACCAGAUGACAGGACAUAACUUUGGUUGGGAUUGAUGGAUGUGAAUUUGGGAGAACACAUUGUUUAUUUUAUUUUCUGUAAUUCAGCUCACGAACAGAAUAUGUGUGUGUGUGUGUAAGAUGUACAGAAAUCUAUUUUAUAAUAAUUUAUUUUUUAUUUCUAAGCAAUUAAUUCACUAAGCUGCCUAACCAUAUCUGUACAUGCAUAAUAUCUGGCCCACACUUUGUUUUAUAUUUUUUACAUUCCACCCUUAAUGUUUUUUUCUUUUCUUUACUCUUCACUUAAUGGUCCCUCAUGUCAACUCAGUAGAGUUAAAAUGGUCCCUAAUGUCAACAGUAUAGUUUAAGUAAGAAUAGAGGGAUAUUGAUUAAGGCCCCGUUUUAUGGGUAUAGAGUGUUGACAGAACAGUAAUACAAUACUCCAUUCAUGUGCAUUCUGAUUUAAACAUUCAUUUUCAAUAGCCAUCAUCAAACCCUUCCUCAAUAGCCAUCAUCAAACCCUUCCUCAAUAACCAUCAUCAGACCCAUCCUCAAUAGCCUUCCUCAAUAGCCAUCAUCAGAUCCAUCCUCAAUAGCCAUCAUCAAACCCUUCCUCAAUAGCCAUCAUCAAACCUGUCCUCAACAGCCAUCAUCAGACUCUUCCUCAAUAGCCAUCAUCAGACCCUUCCUCAAUAGUCAUCAUCAAACCCUUCCUCAAUAGCCAUCAUCAGACCCUUCCUCAAUAGCCAUCAUCAGACCCUUCCUCAAUAGCCAUCAUCAGACCCAUCUUCAAUAGCCAUCAUCAAACCCUUCCUCAAUAGCCAUCAUCAAACCUGUCCUCAACAGCCAUCAUCAGACCCAUCCUCAAUAGCCAUCAUCAAACCCUUCCUCAAUAGCCCUCAUCAAACCCUUCCUCAAUAACCAUCAUCAGACCCAUCCUCAAUAGCCUUCCUCAACAGCCAUCAUCAGACCCAUCCUCAAUAGCCAUCAUCAGACCCAUCCUCAAUAGCCAUCAUCAGACCCAUCCUCAAUAGCCAUCAUCAGACCCAUCCUCAAUAGCCAUCAUCAAACCCUUCCUCAAUAGUCAUCAUCAGACCCUCACCCCCACAUUACUCCUAUUGGUUUCUGUUCCAUCCAUUCAAACACUGUGUUUCAUUGAAAUUAGGUCCUUUCAGUUAUUACCGGUUACCCCCAUCCACAACCCAUUAUCCUACUGUCCCAUUGGCCUAACCAGCUGAUCUCCUGCCCUGUCAUUGGCCCAACCAGCUAAUCUCAUGUCCCUUUCACUUAAUAAAGGUGAAUCAAUAGGCCUAACUGCUGCUCAUUGUGUCAGCCAUGCUUAAUGUGUGGCCUUCCUCUUCUAGUGCUCCUAUAGCCUGUUCUAAUGAAUGGCCCAUCCACCAAAGGUCUAAAUCCUAUUUCUGACUGCAUCACAUUGAUAUGGCUCCAUGUUGACAUGAUACUAAUGGAAUAACUUUACUGAGACCCAUUGAUUCAGGUCUCCUCUCCACUAUAGUCUUGCUCCUAUUACAAGACACUGUUGGCUCAGAGCCAGGGUUCAAAGGUCAUACACAAUCAAAUUUGCUCUGAGGGACAUUCGAGUUGUUGAAGAGACCGAGAGGGGAGGACACACUGGAUCAGGGGAGGACUGUAGUAUAGUCCUUGAAUGCAUCCCAUAUGGCACACUACCCUAUAUAGUGCACUACUUUAGACCAGAGCCUUGUGAACCCUGGUCAAAUGUAGUGAAAUAUAAAGGGAAUAGGGUGGCAUUUGGGACACCCAUUGUCUUCAUGGUGCAGUGAGAAUGCUUGGCAUGAGUUGAGGUAGGAUGUCUGAUACAGAUGAUAUGAAAACUUUCUUCAUAUGAGAAACAAGUCCAGUUAUGCUGGUCCAUACUCUCACAGGUAGGGGCUACUUCAAAGCCAUCAUAUCCUCUUUGGAUUGUAAAACUGCUGAAUAUGCACCCUAUUCCCUACAGUGUACUACUUGUGACCAGGGCCCAUAGUGAAUAGGCGACCAUUUGGGUUGUAAGCCUAAAACGGCUGAGUGUGGAGGGACCCAGAGUGAAUAUGCACAUCCUUUCCCCUACAUACUACACAUUAAAUUCCCUCCAAUCAAAUGCAAAGUUGAAAGUGUCUGUCACUGACUAUUGGCAAUUUAAAAGUAUAUCAAAAAAAGAAGUGACAGUAUGGUACUUUUUUCAAGUUUUAAGAAAAUGUUGCGCCUCUAAACUACCCAGUCUAAUUCAAAUACCCAACCUCCAUCUCAUUUCAACAGUGUGGAACCAGUUAUGAAGGUAGAUUUAAAAAAAAUCUCAAACCAGUGGAUGGUAUUAGUGGAAAUGAGGGGUUGUCCCAGCAUUUUACUGGUCCCUUAUUCACAUAGUGGCUUUUACCACCAAGGAAUUUACACCUGUUUUCAAUGAUCAUGCCUAUAUGGACAAUGCCUCAACCUCCCCUCCUCUCCUUAUAGUGCAAUGUUGGUUGAAAACAUUUAAAAUGGCCUUUGUAUAGAGCAGGAAAUUCUGAAUCUGAGUAAUGUCAAUCUUUCUCCCUGUAACGGUUGGAGUAAAGAAGACUGGGGCAGUUGCCCUCUGUUACAUUUACAGUCCCACUAAUGCAUUGGAAUUAUGGUGUUAUUCAUGUUACUAAGAGAGUAGGUGUGCAUCCUAAAUGGCACUCUAUUCCUUAUUUAGUGCACUACCUUUGACCAAGGCCUACAGGGCUCUGGUCAAAAGUAGUGCACUUUAUAGGAAAUAGGAUCGGUCCGAAAGGAAACGCUAUCUCAAAAGCUUGCACUCAUGGUCACGAUCCACGCUGCUGUAUCCGUUCUGGUUGAGUUUUAUUCAACCCUUUUAGAGAUCUACAAAAUAUAAUGCUAGGGUUGUUUGUCUUUCCCACCCCGUCUGCAUAUAAUGUGGUUCAUAUUUAGUGGUAUAGCAAAUUCGGUAUGUUUAAAAAUGAAAAGGAACAUGGACAUCAAGUAUUUUGUGGUAUCUUGUACAUCAAAGGAAUUUUACACAGUGAAAGAGCAAAAUGGAAGAAAUGUUUUUAAAUAAUGAAAUGCAGAACAUUCAAACUAUUUCUUUGUAUGAAGAAAUAAAGUAUAUAUUUUACCAAAAA